AUGCGUCCUGCCAGCCUGAUCUUCGUCCUCUACACCCUGCUGCUCACUGCAGCAGCGGUCGCCGACCCGAAAGACACCAAAGAUGCCUCCGCAAAUGAUUUAGGAGAUUUGCUGGAUGCCAGCUCGACGCCAGCAGAGAACACGGCGACCACCACAACCACAUCCACCACGUCUUCCGAGACCUCCGAAACAUCCACGCCCCCCUCGACCACUACGACCACCACCACCACCUCCUCCUCCUCCUCGUCAAGCUCUUCUUCCGAGCCAACUACUACCACCUCCUCUACUACCACCUCAACCUCCUCCAAGGAGCACACGUCCACUACGUCAUCCGAUACCACCACCACCACUCAGAAGCCCGUGGUCAAGACCCUCACCGAGACCGUCAACGGAACCCCGAAGCCCACUGUCGUGACGAGCAGCCCGAGUGCAGAGACCUCCCCCAGCCUGAACGGCGGAAGCAGCGGCUCCAGCAGCAGCGGCGGCCUGUCGGACACCCAGAAGAAGAUCGUCAUUGGUGUUGUGGUGGGCGUCGGCGGUGCGAUUUUGAUCGGCGCCUUGGCUCUGGUGUUCUGGCGCAUCCAGAAGAAGCGCAAUGAGCAGAACGGCGACGAGGAUGAUGAUUUGAUGGGCGGGACUGCCCUGGGCUCGGGUCCGCGCGAGAAGGUUCCCAGCCCGUCGAAUGCCACCCCGUUCAAGAGCACGCUGGACCAGUAUCACAACCCUGGCCCCGUAAACGCUGCAUCGAAUUUCUAA